AUGAAGAUUUCCGCAGCUGCUCUUUUUAUUUUACUUGCCAUUGCACGAGCAAACCUUGCCAUCAGCAAACAGAUUGGGGUUGGACUUGGUGUCGACAAGCAAAUCGGCGCUCGAGGUGGUGAUGGUGUCAAUGCUGGCGUUGGCGCGAAUGACGGAGUCGGUGCUAAUCUUGGUGUCAAUGAAAGAGUCAAUACUGGUGCCGGUGAUUCAGGCGCCAACGCAAAUGCUGGUGCCAAUGCUGCUGCGAAUGCGGGAGUUGGAGCCGGUGGUAAUGUUGGAAUUCAAAAGAAUGUUGGUGUCGGUCUCGGUCUCGGAGUGCAAAAGAACCUAGGCCUAGGGCUUGGACUUCAAAACAGUAUAGGACUUGGGCUUGGUGUUGGUGUUGGUGUUGGCAUUCAAAAGAGUAUUGGUAAUCAAGCACCAACGACUUCCCCUCCACAAUCUAGUGUGUCAACCACCCUUGAUCCCGUUGCAACAACAGUGAUUACAGUCGCCUCCUGUGCAAAAUGGUCGCUGCUCCACUCUGGAACAAGAAGUGACUAG